AUGAAGGACCCCCGUGCGUCGAAGAGGAGGCGCGUAUCCGGGGAUGCCGACGGCGACAUUGAAAUGGGCGAGGAACAAGACGUGUUAUCUGGUCCCUCGUCACCCAAUGGCCGAACGUCCCCCACGCCCGUCAAGAGCGCAUCUCGACGUCGAUCUAUGCGUGCAGACGAUGCCGCCGAACCGGUGGAUGAAAACGACGAGCAAGAACAACAAACACCAGCGCGAGCGGGAACACGGUCGAGCGGACGAGUGCGCAAAACCCCAAAAAGAUUUGAGGAUGAGGCAGUGACGCCCUCAAGGAGGAAAUCAACCACUACCCCCUCAAGAACACCACGGGCCCCUCGAAGUGCGCAGAAGCCGAAACAAUCGCCCGUCGAAGAUGAGAAGGAAGAGCCGCAAGAGGAGGAUGAUGAGCCGGACUUUGAAGAGGAGGAUGACGAAGACGAAGACGACGAUGAGAUGGACGUGGAUGAGCCAUCUCCGAAUCCUGCUCGCCGCUCAGUUUCAAGAACCAAGUCGAGAAGGAGCACCGCAAAACCGGCCACGAAACCCAAGCCAAGGCCCACCAGAAAGGCAGCCGAGCGGACGAAAGAGAAAUCACCCUCGCCUGAAUACCAGGACGGUCUGGAUGACCUCGUCGCGAUGCAACUUCAACAGGGUCUUCCACAAGCCCUGCUGGAAAAGCAGGAUACAGUUGAGGUUACUGAGCCGCUACCAGAGUAUGCCGAAAAGCUACAAUCACUCUGCCAGUCAGGUCUAGCAGAAGAGGUCCGCAUCCUCUCGACCGCCGUUCUCGAAAAGCUUUCGGGCACCCGUCAAAUUCCCAUCAGAGGGCUUCAGGCUGAAUACCAGAAAGUUCACCAGCUCAUCGAACAAACGGUGUCAGUUGGCGAGGGUAACUCCAUGCUUCUUCUCGGAUCUCGAGGGUGUGGCAAGACGGCUAUCGUUGAAACCAUUAUCUCCUCUUUGAGAAAGGAGCAUGACAAUGAGUUCCAUGUUGUUCGGCUCAAUGGCUUCUUGCAUACCGACGACCGCUUGGCUUUGCGAGAGAUGUGGCGCCAACUAGGUCGCGAAAUGCACACCGAGGAUGAUGCGGCGAAGGUCAAUUCUUAUGCUGAUACCAUGGCGACGCUUUUGGCUUUGUUGUCUCAUCCAGAGGAGCUAUUUGGCAGCUCCGGUGAUUCAGGAGCUAAGACCGCCGCGAAAUCCAUCGUAAUCUUGCUGGACGAGUUCGAUUUAUUUGUCACUCACCCACGACAGACUUUGCUGUAUAAUCUGUUCGACAUCGCGCAGGCUCGCAAAGCUCCCAUUGCGGUGAUCGGCUUGACAACCAAGGUUGACGUGACUGAGAUGCUUGAGAAGCGUGUCAAGAGUCGAUUCAGCCAUCGGUAUACAUACGUUCCAUUGCCGAGGUCAUUUGAGGACUUUUCAGAUAUCUGCCUAGGGAGUCUAGACCUCGGUGAUACCGAGGUCGUGGAUCUCGCAAAUGAACUGGGUGUUCAGCGUGACCUGGUGGAGUCGAACAGGUGGACGACGCUACUCGGGGGAUGGAAGGAGUACCUGAACCACCUAUGGAAGGAUCAGGAUUUCCAAUUCCACUUGAAGCAGGUAUACAAUCAGACCAAGUCUGUAAAAGACUUCCUCGCCAGUGCUCUGCUUCCUAUGAGUGACUUCCUGCAGAGCGUGAUAGCAGCCGACGCUUCAAUUCCUCAGGUUCCAACGCCCAAAGCAUUCUCCUCGCAAACACUCUCAUGCCCCGAUCCCCCACCUCUCCCCUUCUCUACAUCCAUCACAUCAUCCAGUCCUUCUUCACUUCCCUUGGCUUUGCUGGUGGCUGCUACCAGAUUGGCAGCUCUAUUUGACCCCAGCAAUGACGGAGUUCAGAGCAUGGGACCUCUUGCGCUCUCUUUCCCUGCAGCAUACGCCGAGUACGUCCGUCUUCUCACCUCGGCAAAAACAUCAGCCUCCGUCUCUGGAGCUGCUGCCACCCCAGGUCGUGUAUGGGGCCGAGACGUCGCUCGGGAGUCGUGGGAGAAACUGCUUAGCUGGGGCCUUGUGACCCCCGUUGGCAGUGGCAACGGCACUGCCGAUGGUCAGAUGUUCCGCGUAGAAAUCAGUUUCGAGGAAGUCAUUGAGAUGGCUGGCUCAGGUGGCUCACUGGGUCAGUGGUGGCGGGAGUAA